CGGCGUGCCGCGCGGCGGCGCCGCGGUGUGCUGCGUCACGGCGCCGGGCCGCGCUAGUCCGCGCGCGUCCGGCUGCGGGAGCGGAGCGGCUCCGCCGUCAUGGCCUCCUCCUCCGCCGCCGCCGCCGCGCACCCGCCUCCCGCCGCCGCCGCCCCGCCGGCUGCCGCUCCCCCGGGCAUCCUCAUCGGCGACCGGCUGUACUCCGAGGUGUCCCUCACCAUCGACCACUCGCUGAUCCCCGAGGAGCGCCUGUCACCCACGCCCUCCAUGCAGGACGGCCUGGACCUGCAGUGCGAGACCGACCUGCGCAUCCUGGGCUGCGAGCUCAUACAGGCGGCCGGCAUCCUUCUCCGCCUGCCGCAGGUGGCGAUGGCGACGGGGCAGGUGCUGUUUCAUCGCUUCUUCUACUCCAAGUCCUUCGUCAAGCACAGCUUCGAGAUUGUUGCUAUGGCCUGCAUCAAUCUCGCAUCCAAAAUCGAAGAGGCACCUCGUCGGAUUAGGGAUGUGAUCAACGUGUUUCAUCAUUUGCGUCAGUUAAGAGCAAAAAGGACUCCAAGCCCCCUGAUACUUGAUCAGAACUACAUAAACACCAAAAAUCAAGUAAUAAAAGCAGAAAGGAGGGUACUGAAGGAGUUGGGAUUUUGUGUUCAUGUCAAGCAUCCACAUAAGAUCAUUGUUAUGUAUUUACAAGUCUUAGAAUGCGAACGUAACCAAACCCUGGUUCAGACAGCCUGGAAUUACAUGAAUGACAGCCUCCGGACAAACGUCUUUGUUCGCUUUCAGCCAGAGACCAUAGCAUGUGCUUGCAUUUAUCUCGCUGCUAGAGCUCUGCAGAUCCCGCUACCUACCCGUCCUCACUGGUUCUUGCUCUUUGGCAGCACGGAAGAGGAGAUUCAGGAGAUAUGUUUGACAACUCUCAAGCUCUAUACCAGAAAGAAGCCCAAUUACGAAUUCCUGGAUAAAGAAGUAGAGAAGAGGAAAAUGGCACUACAGGAAGCUAAACUGAAGGCAAAAGGUUUAAAUCCAGAUGGAACUCCAGCACUCUCAACACUAGGUGGCUUUUCUCCUGCAUCCAAACCAUCUUCCCCGAGAGAAGUAAAACCUGAAGAGAAGUCUCCAGUGUCCCUGAAUGCCAAAACAGUUAAAAAAGAGCCAGAAGAGAGGCAGCAAGCUGCCAAGAGCCCUUACAACGGCCUGAGGAAGGAAAGCAAGAGAAGCAGAAGCAGUAGAAGUGCCAGUCGAUCCAGGUCAAGGACAAAGUCCCGGUCCCGGUCCCACAGCCCCAGGAGGCACUACAAUAAUAGGCGGAGCCUGUCUGGGACCUACAGCUCGAGGUCGAGGAGCAGGUCCCGCAGCCACAGCGGCAGCCCCCGCCGGCACCACAACCACGGCUCGCCACACCUGAAGGCCAAGCACGGCAGGGAGGAGCUGAAGGGCACCAACAGACACGGCCACAAGCGGAAAAAAUCCCGCUCACGUUCACAGAGCAAAUCCAGGGAUCAUUCCGAGGCUGCCAAGAAGCACAGGCACGAGCGGGGACACCACAGGGACAGGCGCGAGCGGUCGCGCUCCUUCGAGCGGGCGCACAAGGGCAAGCACCACGGGGGCGGCCGCUCGGGGCACAGCCGGCACCGCCGCUGAGCGCCCCAGCCCCUCGCUGCACCGACGGACUCUUCUGAACAAAGGAACCCCAUAGAAUCUGAGUAACUUAAACCCAAUACCUGAUUUUCUAAAAUGCGUAGAAGGUUUUUUUGUUUGGGUUUUUUUUCUCUUUUGUUGUUGUUUUCUCUUUCGGGCAAGAAACCGUUACCGACUUUUGCACAUCAUACCUGAGCAGUAUCGAAUCGGUGGGAAACAAGGAUCAGGUGAAGUUGUACCUACUAGAGUUGUGUAUUGUUUAUUGAUAUGAGAACUGGAGAAUGGAUUUCUGUAAAAAAGCAAAAUGUACCUUAUUUUUAUACAAGUCAAUUGCAGACACUUAUAUUUAAGUAUAGUUAUUUGUUUAAACAAUGGUGGAUACUUUCUUACACUGGUUUUAGUCUGCAUGUGUUAAAAGAUUUUUACAAGAAAUAAAAUAUAAAGCUUUUUUUUUUUU